AUGUCGAAAACAGCUUCAGCGGGGCCGUCGACGACCCCUGCGAUCGAACGGCUUUCGCUUGGGUCAUCGUCGAGCCCGUCGACAUCGAGACCAUCGCACGCUUUGCCAAGCUUGUCGAGCCCAGCUAAUACGACGUCCCACAGUGACGGGUCCCACAUCGGCUCAUCAGCAUCUCUGGUUCGUCCGGAAGUGCUUGACCUAGCUACACCACCGCCACAAUAUGUCGACAGUCAAGCCCUGCACUCUCUGGCCACCGAAAUGGUCGCAACCCUCAUCCACAGCUCGGGCUUUGUGUCACGCAAGCAGACACGGGCGCGACAAGAGCUGCAGCGGGCAGGUAUUAUUCUCCCGACGCUCACCAAGACACCUUCCACAUCAACCGCACCCGGACCAGGCUCGACACCCACCUCCGCCUCUUCUCCGCACAGCCAAGUCGUGCGCUCCGUCACUGGCUCUGACACGAUUGACACCCUCACCGACAUCGAGUCACUGCUGACAGCACGGCUCGAAGGCAUCGGGUACCACGUUGGCUAUCACAUGACCGAAAUUCUAGCGCGCGAUCGAGCCAGAUUCACAGACACGCUCGACGUGCUCAAGUUCAUCUGCAAGGAAGUCUGGACAGCGGUAUGGGGAAAACAGGUCGACAACCUGCGGACGAAUCACAGAGGUGUCUAUGUGCUGCACGACAACCAGUUUGGACCGCUGCGACAUGUCUCGACGGCUCAGGGUGCGCAGGUGACGGCAAAGGAGGCACGCGUGUUCCUCUCGUAUCCCGUGGGGAUCGUCAAGGGCGCGCUGGCACAGCUCGAUGUGCCGAGCUCCGUGGUAGCGGAGACGAAUCAGGCUCCGCAGUGCACUUUCCAUGUCAAGACUCAGAAGGGCGGCGGAAGUUCGGGCGCGGCGGCGGCGGGAGCAGCACCACCGACCGCAGUCGCAUCGGCAGCGACGUAA